AGGAGGAUCAGAAAGAUAUUCGAGCAGAGGUGGUCGUGGUGAACACUCAAACAGUUAUAAAAGACCUCGUGAUUCUUAUUCCGCAAGGGACGACCAUCGAUCGUCUAGUGAUUCAACGCGGAAAAGAAUGAGAACUGAUUCUUAUCAGCGACGCGAGCCAACGGCUUCUCGAACGCUCAUUCUUUUUGCGUUGGAGCGCUACCGCUGUGGAACACUACGAAAACGUCAAAUAAUUGAAAGAUGAAACAUAUACCUAGAUGACAUUUAUAAUGUCUAUUACUAAGAGCACAUGGUCGCAUUAAAGUUUGAGAACUGUUUGAAAAGCCAACCAACGAUCGAACGGAAUAGAUACGUGCAUAUACACGUGUAUACACGUAUAUACGCAUGAAGCGAGGUACCGUCACAUUAUUCCCCGUGAUAUGGCGAUAAUAAGAGCAACCAAGUUAACUCACUGCGCAAUGAGAUUAUAGAGAAAUUGUUGAGGGAAAAAAAACCGUACAGUACGUACGAGACAUGGGAUGUUCACAGAUAUGCCAGAUCACACAAUCACCGUGCGAACAGAUGCGAACAGGUUGUCUAAAUUAUAUCGAGAGCUCUAAGUGACGAAAACAACGAGUUUCGAAAGUCCAUUACGUAGCUUUUAUUUCCAAUCGUAUAGGACGCGUGCGUCCUUUAUCGACUUCGUGUUAAAAAAAAAAGCGGCAAGGAGAAAUUAGAAAGGAGUUAACGUUUAGUACGUAUAUGCGUAUCUCUACCUGAUGGUGUGAAAAAUACUUGGAAGGCAUAAUGCAUGCGGGUAAAUGUGGAUGAAACACUUGGAUCUGACGAUGCACAUACGUAUAUGUAUACGUAUACAUGCAUGUAUAGAUACCCGGAAAUACCUCAUCUCAUUAUUCCCAGACAGGCAAGCAAAAUGAAAAAAGUACGAGUGAUCACGUGAAUAGCUACUGCUUCAUUAUUUUCGUUCAAUUAUCCCUUCGUGUGUACUCUCACGUACACGAGAAGUCUAAUGAAUCGCAGAAGAAUUUCUUGCACGUAAUGAUACGAUUAUACGUACCUAAUGAGAGGUGUGUAACUUGAGAGUUGGAGAGGUUUAUGGAGGUUUGUUGAGAGCAUAAUUGUAUCUUCUUGAAAGUGGCAAUAUCCAGUUUAUUAGCUCGAGGGAAGCGAACGUUGAUUCUCGCUACUACUAUUCCCGAGAUCAGAAAUGUUGCGAAGCGAUGUUAGCGAUUACGCGAAGUCACAUAAUAGAAGGCAACAAACAGGUAUGUAGGGGGCUUUUGAUAUUUAGGAGAGAAAGCGGAAUAAAGUUACACGUAGGUGAUCCGGAUCUGGGAAUGGGUGUAGUUAUUGUCAGUCGCCAUGAGAGACGUUGGUCUAUGUCGGGCGCUAAACGAUUAUAGCACGCAAGUACGGGAAUCGAAUAACGGAAAACAGAAUUUAUGAAAAGAUAGAAAUCAGUUGUAUAAUCGUACCGGCAGUCACGCUGUUAGUCGAACAGUCAGUUCUUUUAAUCGGUUAAUUGAGCAGUUGGUCACAUUAGUUGCUUAGUCAAUGUUAGUCGGUCAGAGUAAGUCUCGGAGUAGCCUGUGUUGGGAGCAAUAGUAGUCGAGAGUUAAACGUGAACGCAUUACGUAUACCCGUAGAAACAACCAGAAUGGAUGGAUGAUAGGAGUGGGCAUAAAAAAAGAGGGGAAAGAAGGAUAAUUGUUGAUCUACUUACACACACAUACCUAAAUACGUAAAUACGUAAAUGUAUAUACGUGCGUAGAAUAAAAUAAUAUAAUAAGAAGGAAGAGCAGGCAGGAAUCACGAAACAAAAAAAAAUAAAAAGAGAAAUACAUGGAAGGAGCACAAUUGAAUUUGAUUUGGCAGGGUGGAGGUAGCGGUAGCGGAUCACAAAGGUAUUCAUCGUACGGUGGCUCAUCCACAUCGGCACCUUAUGACGAUAAUAAGGGCUCGUCGUCGUCCGCAGUGUACGAGGACAAGAGACAGAGCGAACGUGCGUCAUCGUAUCACCGCUCUGAGGACCGUCAUUCCGCAUCUCGGAGCUAUGCACCUCCGCCACCCCCUCGGAUUAGCGAGAUGGCACCGCCCCCGACUCAAAGAUACACCUCGAGUCGGGGAAGAAUAUCGCACCAGAGCUCAAAUUAUAGAGGUCGCAUCUCGACCCGCGGCAGCAGCGGCAGAGGGGGUGGAUUCCAUCGGGUGAGCUCUCGAUCGGACGUCCUCAUGGUGGCUCGCAAGCGUACCCUGCACUCGCUCGACUAUCGCCGAAAGCUGCUAGGCUCACGCUCGCGAGACUACAUCCAGCGUAUGCGCAUGACUACUACGAAACUACGUAGGAGUAGCGGUACUACUAGGCUCACCGGGAGUAAAAAGGACUCAGGAUCGGGAACCAGCGUAAAGGACAAGGAUAGAGAGAUGGCCAAAGCCAUAAAUGCCGAAUUUUCUGACGACGACGAGGAUGAAGACGAUGAUAAUAAGAGUAACUGGGACGACGAAGAAAAGCCUCACGAACACGAUGACGAGGAGGAGGUAGAGGAGGAAGAAGAGAAAAAAAAUAAAGAGGAUAAGCGCAAGAAAGAGAAACAGGAUAGGGAGAGGCAACAUACCGAAGAUGAGGAAGAAAAGGACGAUGAUUUGAAGGAAGAAGACGAUCAGAAGCGAGAUGAAGACGAAGACGAAGGUGAUGAUGAUGAGGAGAGAGAUGAGAACGACAAGGUGGAACGCGAUAGAGCCAUAAGUUCCGAAGAGUUACCGAGCAGACGGGAUGGUAGAAAAUUCAUCAAAUUAAAAUGCCCACAUUGCGCCCAUCACAGCGUAACAUUUAAAGAAUAUUCGCUGCACCUGUUUUCCGGUCGUCAUAGCGCAGCUAUGAGACGUAUCGCGUCGCGACACAAGGCAACUCUUACGCGCAUGAGAGUUCUGCAACGGCAAGAACAACGACGCGUCGAAGCUCGUGAUGCAGCUCGCGGUACACUACCUUCACGUACUAUGUUCUGCGCAAUUUGCAAGUUGAAUUACCGUUCUCUGAAAGCCGCUCAUCAAUUAUCCGAAUCGCAUCGUCAGAUGAAGCGAUUUCUAACCCCAUUUUGUCGGGUGUGUCGCAUUCAAUUUCGUUCACCGAUGUUAUUUGAGACACAUAUGUGUUCUUUGGAUCACAUCAAGAGAAAAAGCGCGUUGAAGGAGAGAAUGAACGCUAGUGGGAGCGGUGAGGCAGAAGCAGACUCCAGCGCGCCCGAGGAAGAUGACAAGGAAGUCAAUCUCGAUAAUUUCAUGACUUUAGACUCUGUAGGUGACGUCGACGUAGAAGACGAAGGAUCCAAUGAUAAAAAGAAAGAUAAAGUCGAAGGCGAGACUACGAGUGAGGCAGAGAAGAAGUCAAAGGGGAAACAAAUGAUCAAGGUUGGUGCGGAGUAUAUAAAACGCGUGGAAGUGCAAUAUUGUGAAUUGUGCAAAAUCUACUUGCCACGCAGCGAAAAUACAGAAAGAGCGGUCGCUCUUCAUUGCUCUACUCGCAGCCAUCUGAAACGAUACGUUAGGGAUAAUGAUGACAAGGCAUUGAGACGUCAAGCGGAACGAAUACACUUGCAAUCGUCGUCAUCAUCAUCGUCAGCGAAUGUGAAUUCUAAUAAUUCGGCCGUCAUUAAUUCGUCGGAAACUGUGAAAACAUCUCCUGUCAAUUCCGAGCCGCAAGCGUCUGCGAGCACUACGCUCCCUGCAGCCACGAUCGAUAACAACGGCACACGUGGUUCAGAAUACGCGAAAAUCGAGGAACAGAAAUCAAAUGGUUCAGAAUCGGAGAAAAAUAUGAAGGAAAGUAAGAGUAAUCAGGGCGAUGAGGAUGACGAUGAUGAUUACCGCACUCACGGUGUCGAUAAAUCCACGUGGGAUGAUGUUGACAAAGAUUUGGGCGAUAUUCUGAGGGAAAACGAAGCAGCGGCAUCGAAAUCAAGCGAUGACGAAGAGUCGCGUUACGACCGUUUUCGUAAUUCGGAGAAGAAACAGCAAUCUGGCAAAGAAAAGGAAAAUGACAAGAGCGAAGUACUUGAAGAGAAAGCCGCUAAUAAUAAGAUUAAAGAGUUAAAAGUCAAACUCGAGAAGACAGAUAUAUAAUACAUUCAGAAAAUGACCACGUCUCAAAGUAUGUCACGAGUUCGGUCAAUUCUAUUAUUUCUCUCCUCGUUUCACUGAUAGCUUUCUUUUUCUCAGAAAACAAUAAAAAAUCUUCGCAGUUUUUCCAAUCGCAGUAGUCAUUUAAAGAAAUAAUUACAAGAAUUAUGCAAAUAUGAGCUACAAGCACAUCACGAUAUUCAUGUCUAUAUCUUAGUCAAGAAUAACGACAUUGUGUAAUGUAGUGCUGUAAGCUUCGUGAAUUUUGCAGAUCCAAUCUUGUGUAAUUUCAAUCGUAUAAUCAACGUUACAAUGUAUAAGCGGGUUCUAAUUGAGAUGAGAAAAUAGUAUACAAUUUUUAAAUUACAAUAUACGAGUUAUCAAAUUCGAUUAUUAAAAACUCUAUUAUCGAGUUAUAUGAGUUAUCAAAUCAAAUAUAGAAAUAUUAAUCUUCCUUCUGCGUUCUGCGUUACGUAUUCGCAAUGAUGUGCGCGAGUCAACUGACAGUUUGAUUCUCGUAAAUAUGUAGUUUAAUGUUGAUUAAAGCAUACGUAAAGGAAUUCGAUAUUUCCUACUGCGAAUCUCGCUUAGUUUCUUGAAAAAUCUGUUUUUCCAACAAAAUUUACACACUCCUAUGUUAAUAUGAACAAGUCGCUCGCUAUUAAUGAUAUGAAUUAAUUUUUCGGAGUAUAUUAACAUACAUGUAUAUGUAUAUGUAUAUACAUACAAAAUGUUUGAUGCAAAGUAUACAAAACUACGAAUGUAGAAUAUGUUAACCUGAGCACAAGAAACCUAGCUUCAUUUUGCCAUGCGGCAUUUUGCAAACAAACACGUAAAAUUACGAGAUAUUGGUGAAAAAAGAUUGACGAGUCAGACCAACUAGGUGACUGCGAUUGUUUCUUAGAAACAUGCGUACAACACGUUCGUCAUAUGUCGAAAAGCAAUAAUCCUCGUGUCGUACAUAUACAUAUUGCUUUAAUUUUUAAGCCGUAAUAAAUUGACCAACUACAGUUGAUUAAAAAUAACUGUGGUUGGUCAACUUCUUAAGGCUUAGGAAUUAAAGCAAGGUUGUGGACAAAAAGGUACUUCUCUUCAACUGCCAACAGAUAUCCAUGUUAGGAGACAACAAUAACGUUUCCGGCAUUUUUUAUAAAGUCUUGCACUUAUAAAGCCCUCUGUAACAUCGCGCGCUUUGAUUACUAUAACCAAUCUUCUUCUUUUAAUAUCUCGAAAUUUCACACAUGGUUGUUUGCAAAACGCCAAGUUUUUACGCUUGGUUUUGUAUAUUUUACGUCAGCACCCUAUAUAUACAUAUAUGUAUAUAAAUAUAUAUAUUCACAUUUAUAUAUACAUACAUAUUAGUUAAAAUGGGAGCAUAUGUUUGAUACAUCUCAAAGAAAGCCUGUUAGAUUUUUGUUGACAUCGAAACAUUUGUCAUUGUCGAAAAACUGAGUGUAUUUAAACGAAAUAAAUUACGUCGUAUAAUUAA